AUGUUACCUUUAUUAUCACAUACUCUAUUAGUUUGUAUAAUAUUGAUAUUCAAAAAAAUUCAUGCGAAUGAAUUAACAUUUGAAUUACCUGAUAAUGCUAAAGAAUGUUUUCAUGAUAAACUUAAAAUUGGCUCAAAAUUUGUAUUAGAAUAUCAAGUUGUAACAGGUGGUAAUUAUGAUGUUGAUUUAGAAUUAAAAAGUCCAUCGGGUAAAAUUCUAUAUAAAGAAACAAAAAAACAAUAUGAUCAAUUUGAAAAAACAGUUGAAGAAGAUGGUGUUUAUCAAUUUUGUUUUAGUAAUGAAUUUUCAACAUUUACUCAUAAAAUUAUUUAUAUUGAUUGGAAAGUUGAUGGAGAUCCUGAACAUGAAAUACCACAGCCAGGUCCACGUGUUGCUGAAGGUGCAUUAACAAUGAUUGAAUUAAAAGUGGGUAAAAUACAUGAAAAUCUUGAAAAAUCUAUUGAUUAUCAAACACAUCAUCGUUUACGUGAAGCAACAGGUCGUGCACGUGCUGAAGAUUUACAAGAACGUGUACAAAUAUGGUCAUUAGGACAAUUUAUUUUAAUUAUAAUUGUAGCUAUUGGUACUGUUCUAUUACUUCGUUCAUUUUUUACUGAUCGACGUACAUCAUCGAAUAUGACAUGGAAUCGAUAA